AAAAAAAAAAAUGGACAUGAGGAAAGAGUUAGAAGCUGAUGAGGAGAAAUGGGUAUCUGAUUCUUCUGUUGAUCACAAAGGAAGAACUCCUCUUAGAGCCUCGACAGGAGUUUGGAGAGCAUCCCUCUUCAUUAUAGCGAUCGAGUUCAGCGAGAGACUGAGCUACUUUGGUCUGGCGACAAACCUGAUUAUAUACCUGACCAAGGUUUUGCAUCAAGAUGUCAAGACUGCAGCCAAGAAUGUGAACUAUUGGAUCGGUGUCACGACCAUCAUGCCAUUAUUUGGAGGAUUUGUUGCAGAUGCGUAUCUUGGGAGGUUCUCUACCGUUCUUAUGUCUACUCUCAUCUAUCUACUGGGUCUUGUUCUGUUAACGCUGUCUCAAUUAGUACCAAAUCUGAAACCAAGUAGGUCUUUAAGAGUACAUGAGAUAGUCUUCUUUGUUGCCAUAUACUUGAUCUCUGUCGGUACUGGAGGCCAUAAGCCAUCUCUUGAGAGCUUCGGGGCUGAUCAGUUCGAUGACAACCACGCUGACGAGAGAAGGAAGAAGAUGUCAUAUUUUAACUGGUGGAAUUGCGGAAUAUGCGCUGGAGUACUCCUCGGUGUCACAGUUAUUGUGUUUGUUCAAGAUAACGUGAGCUGGGGAACUGCAGAUAUAGUACUUAGUGUGGUUAUGGGGAUUAGCCUCGUGAUAUUUCUCAUUGGCAAGCCAUUUUAUCGGUAUAGAAUCCCCGAAGGUAGUCCUCUAACACCGAUGAUACAAGUUCUUGUAGCAUCCUUCGCCAAGAGGCACCUCCCAUAUCCCUCAGAUCCUUCAGAAUUAUACGAGCAAAAAACUAACAAAAGAUUAUUAUGCCAUACUGAUCAAUUCAGGUUUCUCGAUAGAGCCGCCAUUAUCGAGCAAAAAACUAAUGUGGAUGUCGUAGCAGACAAAUGGCGGUUAGCCACUGUGACUCAAGUCGAAGAAUUGAAACUAUUGCUAUCGGUCAUCCCCAUAUGGGUCGCCUCCUUGCCCUUUGGCAUAUGCGUCGCCCAAGCCUCAACCUUCUUCAUAAAGCAAGGCAGCAUAAUGAACAGGAAAAUAACAGCAAACUUAGAGAUACCUCCAGCAGCUCUCUACUCCUUCGCAGCCAUCAGCAUGAUAAUCUCAGUGUCCUUCUACGACAAGAUGUUAGUACCGCUUCUGCGAAAAAUCACGAGGAAUGAAAGGGGGAUUACCAUUCUUCAGAGGAUGGGGAUUGGUAUGAUGUUUUCAGUGUUGUCAAUGGUGGUGUCCGCGUUAAUUGAGAAAAAGAGGCUUAACGUGCACUCUAUGAGUGUGUUUUGGCUCGUGCCUCAGUUUACGAUACUAGGCAUCGCUGAUGGAUUCACGGUAGUAGGAUUACAGGAGUAUUUCUACGACCAACUGCCAGAUAGCAUGAGGAGCUUAGGCAUUGCUUUCUAUUUGGGUGUUAUGGGGGCCUCAAAUUUCCUCAGUAGUUUUCUGAUAUCGGCCGUCGACAACAUCACAGAGCGAGGAGGCGGAGAUGGAUGGUUUGCUAAGGAUUUGAACAAGAGUAGGAUUGAUUGCUUCUAUUGGCUCUUGGCAGGCAUAAGUGGGCUUAAUCUUGGUGUCUACGCUUACGUUGCAACUAGGUAUUCUUACAAGAAGGUCAAGGGACAAGGGAGAGUGGGGGUUGGUGACACCUUUGAGAGUGAAGAUGGUGAUCAUUGCAACGCAAAUGUUCAGGGUUCUCGUGUUUGAUCGAUCAUGAUUGUGAAUCUGUGAUGACGUUGGUGCUACAUGCUGCAUCAUGGAACCAUGUGGAAGUAUGCAUGUCACUGAUGUUGGCUAUAUAUAUGAAAUAAUGAUGCAAUAUUCAAUCACUUGCAUAAAAAGGUUGUUUGAAAAUUAAUAUAAAGCAUAUAUUUGCAGCACUUCAUGUGAGAGUAUCACCAUUUAAUAAAUUAGUUUC